GUUAUACAUAUUAACAACAGAACUGAGGUUACACACAUACCCAAAAUUUUCAUCUAUUAAAAUGAUUGAAGACGACGAUUUCGAAACGCUUCUGGUAGUCGAAAAUUUAAUCAAACAUCUAAUCAGAGCGGUCCAUAUGUUAGAUCAGUUGGUUAAAGAAGAAGAAGACCUGUUUGGACACUUCUGCAAAUGGCUCCGAUCAGAGUUUGAUUAUGUUGUAGCCUUGGAAAGUGCACCGACUCCUCCGAGUCGGCCACUGAUCAAAUACGACUUAAUGGCCGUUAGCAAAUUUAUCCAACGCGGUGAAGCCAAUCCUCUGGAUAAUGUCAUAUUUUCUCAGUUUCGAUCCAAGACAGACGAUUUCAAAUAUUUACAAUCAGUCAAAGAGAAAUUAUCCAAGACAGUUUAUGACGACCAUUUUGACGUAAAUGGCCCCGAAAGUCGGAUAGAAUUGAAGAAGAAGUUGGCUGCUCUGCUAUCGUUUUCUGAUCAAGAUAGCGGCCAUCCCGCCGAUGAGAAAAACGACCAGAGACGUGAAUCCUUGAACAACGAGUCACCAAUCCUUGGUACAUAUGUCACACCUGAUUCGAGCCACUUUCAACAACCUCAUCCCAAUGCUGAAUUUCUAACUCCUAGCUUUGGUGACCACUUGAGAAGACAAAAAGUUGUGGCCAUCACGCCUUCCAACCCGUCGAUAUUCAAACCUCUAUCGUCAUCUACUUCGGGGUCUAAUCCCCAAUUCAGCUCCAACUCACAUCAAUCAUCUCAACCUGACGCCAAUAAUUCUGCAAAUCUUUCGUCUCAACAGCCCUGGGGGCUUUACAAUAGCUUAACUUAUAGCUCUAUGCUCAUAACUGAAGUCUUUGUGAAGAUGUUCAGUAAAAUUGCUAUGGCCAAACCCAUACAGGAAAAUCCCUUACGACAUACGCACACCCUGCUGAAGCCCGCUAACCGCCAUCUCUGCUCGAGGUUCGUGGAGGAUUUCCAUUACUCCGCAUUUCUUUCGAAGCGAUCGGAUGGAGUGACAGUUCUUGUAAUCGAUCGGAUCGAGCUGCCUUCUAAAACUUCGAUGAACGCUGGAUUAAAGCAAACUCAAGUGACCAUUGAGCUCAAAUUACCCAGUACAUGUGUUGAAGACAAUCAUCCGGACAGAAGUGUUAAAGUUUUGGAUUUGGAGUUUUUUGAUGAUCUUGAAAUUGUCCUUUUGGCUCAGUUUGAUUCGGGUUUCAGUGCUAGGUACAUGAUGAUCACUAUGAGGUUCAGGGAACUUUUUGAUUCUCAUGAACGUCAAUUUCCCGAGCUCCCGAUAUAUAGAAAUCAUCGGCUCGGUUCAGAUUAUCAACCGGAUCAAAUCAGUCUCAAUGGUGUCAAGGGCAGACGAACAGGCUGCGUGCUUUCCGGCCAGUGGAGGAUGCUUCACGUCUUUGAUAUGGAGGAUACUUCCGAUACUUAAAUUCUUUGGGUGGGACCAAUUGUAAUAAAACUAUUUUUUAAACUUUUGUACUAUUUUUUCUCAAACUGAAAUUAUCAAAAUUGUAUGCACAAGCAACCCCUAGUAGACUGUGUCUCGCACCUCCCAGGUAUGUACGCGUAUUUGGCAAGAUUUAUACAUG